UUGUACUGUUGUAGCUUAUAGUUGAUACAAUGGAGUUAAAUUUACUACUAGCGAUAAAUUUCAGUAAAAAAUAGACCUGUUACAUAUAAGUUUUGAAUAUUUCAAAAACCGACAAAGAUUAAUCAAUAGAUACGUCAGGUACUAUUCAUAAUGCAGAAACCUGCUGCUGGUAGUGUUUCUUCUGGCCGUCCGAUUAAGUGUGUGGUUGUUGGGGACGGAACAGUAGGAAAAACAUGCAUGUUGAUAUCAUACACUACAGACAGCUUUCCAGGAGAGUAUGUUCCAACAGUGUUUUCUGCUGAUUGUACAAAAAUUGAUUUGCGAGAAGACAAGGAAACACUCCAGCUAUUAUCUGAACAGGGGUUAUCUCCAAUAAAACGAGAACAGGGCCAGAAACUGGCCUCCAAAGUGAGAGCAGUGAAAUACUUGGAAUGUUCUGCUCUCACCCAGAGAGGGCUUAAGCAGGUUUUUGAUGAAGCUGUUCGUGCUGUACUACGACCAGAACCUCAGAAAAGACGGCAACGAAAGUGCAAGCUUGUGUGAUUUACAUUUUUGUAGUUCUUCUUGCAUGUCAUCAUCCAGAAGUCUUAGAACAGUGCCUGCACCAGCUAGUGAAAGCCGAUAAGUAUAUUAAAACACAUAAUGCUUAAAUACUGAACUUCAAAAUUUGGACAAUCUCAAAAAAAUGUAUAGAGGACUGUGGAAUAAAUUCUUUUGGAUUAACUCUUAAUUUUAUCUACUUUCAUAGAAUGUAGGUCUAAGACUAGAGCAAUAUGUAUAAACAUGUUUAUGAGAGAAUAUUAGAUGCAAGUUUGUAUGUGGGUUGUACUGCAAUAUUAUCAACAUUUGGUACAUUAUUUUCUUUUGCUUUAUCUUUAUUUUUUUUCUUUUGUGACAGUUUAAUGUAUGUAUUUGUAGUGUCAAAGAUAAUUUAUUUAGAAGUAAUUAAUAUGGAACUGAUAAUUUGCAGUGUGAUCAUAUAGCUCACAGCACCAUUUGAAAGAAGAAUAUAGUUAAUUAUGCAUUUUGCAAAGGAACAAUCCAGUGUAUGUGCUUAGCCACUCAAAUCGGAGGAAGCUUCAAAUGUCAAUAUUCCUAAGGGUUUUAUGGCAUUUUUCCAUCAGUAUGAAUUGUAUUUAUUGUUAUCAACAUAUAUAUUUAUAUAUUAUGACUUAAGGAUGACAACAAGGAAUGAUAAUGGAGAUAUAAUUUUGAAUUUAAAUUUAUUAUAUUCUUUCUGGUUUAUAUUAAGUUCAUUAUCCUUUUAUAGUGCUGAUUUUAAUUAUCUAUAAAUAAUUAAUGUACUGCAUAGCAUUAGGUAUAUUGAUUUACAUAUAUAAAAAUUAAUGAUGCACAAGUCAUUAGAAAUGAAUCAAUAAACAUACAGUGAAGAUUUGCAAUAGAUACUUUAUUUGCCAGUACAGUAUAAACACUAUUUAAAUGUCUUUUUUCCUCUCUAAAUCCUUUAUUGAUUUACUAAUAAAAAGUACAUGUCAAAUUAAGUAUUAAAAUCUUAAAACAAAGAACUCAUUCAGCUUUCUUUUUCUAAACAGUAAUUUUCCUAGUUAUUUGAAUUAUACCCUCUCUAAGAGGUUAAAGUUCAAGGAACUUGUGUAAAAAUAAUGAAACAUUUUUCAAACAAUCAAUGUUUUUUAACUUACACAAUUAAAAUCUUUAUUCUGAGACUGUUUAACAAUCUCAAAACAACCACUCUACAUGUUUCAAUGUGUAUCACAUCAUCCUCUGAAGUUCUAAGUCUAAAAAAACAACUGUUCCAAAAGUAUUUAUACCAAGGUUGUUAAUCAUGUGACUCAUACUACAACAUAAAUGUACAGUAAACCCUAAAGAAGGUCACGCCAUCCGUGUAUUUUUGACCUGCUAACCCUUCAUCCUUAUUCAAAGUUUGGCUAUUGUUAUUGUGUUUAAUUAUUUCAAUAGAUUCUCUGAUAUUUCUAGCAGUCAUAUCAUUUGGUUGAGCCAAGAUAAGAGUUUUCCCACUGAAUGAUAUGACCAGUAUGACUUGCAUACAUUAGCUGAACAUGUAAAACAUUAACAAAAACUUGUGUGUAAAAUUAACUUUUUCAAUUUAACAAUGAUUUACAAACAGAUUGAAGGUCUAGCCAUGGGUUUCCAAUUAUCUCCACUAUAAGUUGAUCUGUUCAUGGAUAAAUUUGAAAAUCUUGCUUUAAAAAAUGCUAAACUUAAACCUGAAAUAUGGAUUAGGAAUGUUCAUGACACUUUCUUAGUAUGGCAGCAUGGUAAAGUAGACUUCAUAGAAUUUGCUAAUUACCUAAACAGUUUAGAACCCACUAUUAAGUUUAGUUAUGAGAUUGAAGAAAACAAUAGUUUGCCAUUUCUUAAUUUACUGGUAAAGAAAAAAGGAAAAUAAGUUAGAAACUACUACUUACCAUAACUCUUUCUCACUGAGUUUUGUAGAUAGAGCUGUGAAGAAAUUUAGUAGAAUUAAGAAUAAUGAUCAAAAAAGUAAAUAAAAUCAACGUUUGAUAGAAUCAAUAAAACUGAAAUGUUUGCCAUAUGUCCCUGGUUUAUCUUGCCAAAUCUUUCAGAAAUUUAAAAUGAAUGUAAAAACUUUAUUCCAAUUUAUAAACCUUUGAAAAAAUUAGCCAAAUAUUAAGUAAAACUAAGGAUGUAAUUACUCUAAUGGUAAAAAAAAACAGGUAUCUAUAAAAUUGAAUGUGAAAGUGUAUACAUUGGUCAAACUAAAAGAAAUUUAAAAUUUAGAAAAAACAAACAUAAGAGAAAUGUUAAAAAUCAAAGUGAAAUUUCUGCAUUAGCUGAACAUGCAAGUCAUACUGGUCAUAUCAUUCAGUGGGAAAACUCUUGUCUUGGCUCAACCAAAUGAUAUGACUGCUAGAAAUAUCAGAGAAUCUAUUGAAGUAAUUAAACACAAUAACAAUAGCCAAACUUUGAAUAAGGAUGAAGAGUUAGCAGGUCAAAAAUACACGGAUGGCGUGACCUUCUUUAGGGUUUACUGUACAUUUAUGUUGUAGUAUGAGUCACAUGAUUAAUGACCUUGGUAUAAAUAUUUUUGUAAAGGUUUUUUGUUUUUCUAGACUUAGAACUCCUGAGGAUGAAGUGAUACACAUUGAAACAUGCAGAGUGGUUGUUUUGAGACCAUUAAAACAGUCUCAGAAUAAAGAUUUUAAUUGUGUAAGUUAAAAAAGUUGAUUGUUUGAGAAUCUUUUAAUUUACUCUCUCUAACAUGAUUGACACUUUUUUAUGCAACUACAUUCAGUAGCUACUAUUGAAGUGAAUAACAAGAAUGUAUUGAUCUUGUAACUGCUGACUUUGUAAGGGAUUGUAAGUACUUAUUACAAUUAUAGAACAUUAAGAAACUUGAACAUUGAGUAUAUUAUGAGAGAGUAAACAAUUCUGAGCACUGCUUGUAUUGUGGGAGGGUAAAGGACUGUAUAGUGUUUUGAGGUUUCUGAGAGAAAAAGAAAUCAUAAUUGAUGAUUUUAUUUGAGGAUGCUAGGAAGUGUCAAAUGUUAUAGGGAAGCUCAUAAACUGGAAUUUUGAGUAUUUUAGAAGAUAGAAAAUAAUUUUAUGCAUCACAUAUAUUUAUGGAAAGGGGAACCAGAGGACUGUGAGCUAAGUUUUAAGAAAAGUUAGGAAGAAUUUGCACAUAAAUAAAUAUGUUUUCUUUUUAGCAAUUAUUAUCUAGUAAGGGUGUGACAUUAUGAUGAUAAUUGCAAGAAAGAAACCAUCAAUUCAAGACGAGAUUCAUAGGCUGUGCAUAAAUAUUAAGGUUAUUUAACUGUUUUUGUCUGUUUCCACCAUUUAGAUUUCUUCACAAAGGCAAGGUCAGAACUUGAGAAGUUAAUGUAAUUUGAAUGUGUCAUUAGGUAACAUUUUAUGACAAGAAGUGAACAAUGAAGUACCAGCUAUCUUCGUACAUAGGCUUUUUUGUAACACAUCAUCUAUUUACUCUUAAAAUUUAGAUUUAAUAAAUUUUAAGUUUAUUAACUUUUCUUCCUAGGUGAUAUAGUUAUAUUAAAUUUUAAAAAACUUCUAAUCUUGGUUUUGUAGAUAUUAAUUCCAUCACCAUUCUGCAAGAAAUUGUCAAUAGAGCAUAUCAGUUUGUUCAUUAAUUUGUUCUUCUGACUGGUUAGUUGUUAUUAUUUUUUCAUUAAGUAUAAGUAAUGUGCAGGAUCUUUUUAUGAAACAUAUUACCUGUGCAAUACCAAAUCAUAUUUUAAGGAAUACUUUAAUUUUUUUUAUAUGACCAUAUGAUGCCAAUUUUAAUUAAAAAGUAAGUUGACUUUCACUGAUUAUUAAUUAGUGUUGGUCAAAAACAAAUACAAGUUAGUUAAACUGUGUCAGACAUGUCCUGAAAUAAAAAGUGAAAGGCUUCUGGCUCAUAUUAAAAUAAAUUGAAAAUGGAGUUAGUAAUCUGAUUAGGUAAUAUUGGUAUUAAGUAAUUUACUUGGACUAUUACCAUGUUGUUGUUUUUUAGAUUUUUUAAUGCACAAGCUUUCGACUCAAUUACCUAAGCAUUUUACAGGUGUGAGACGUUUAUUAAAUAACAUGAUCUAAUGAAACAAAUCAAAUUGCAAGUUGCCUAGCAACAAUGAAACACAAGAAACAUGGUGAUAGUCCAAAUAAAUUACUUAAUACAAAUAUGAGUACUCAUGUUAAAAGCCUGAAAAGUUACUUGAUUAGGUAAUAUCUCACCUUAAUAAAAAGUAUGACGAAUGAUGUCCAAGAUAAGAACUUAAAUGUGUGGGACUUUGUUUUUUAGUCUUGUACCUUUGACAGUUUUUAGAUUAAAUUUUAUGUCCUUGUUGUUCCACAAAAACGUAAGAUGCAUGACAAACUUAUGGAGGAUUCUAAUGCAAGGGCUAACUUUUGUAGAGAUCUUUGUUUUAGGUUAGUUUGGAAUGUCAGUUUUUGUGUUUUCUGACUAACUGUAGCAAUUCAUCGAUGAGAGUAUUUGAAAACUGUAACCAUAGAUUUCUGUGUAACAAGUGAUACAGUAGUUUUAUAGGUGGAAAAGUUAGUAAAUGCCUUUUUAUUUAAUAGUUUAUUGUAUAUUCCAACUCAAAAAAGUGGAACUUUAAUUCAUAAAUGCUCUUUUUUUUCAAUUUUUGGAUUUGUUACUUGUACUACUAUUUAUACUUUUAACAGAGUUUAACAGAGGUAGCAAGUUGAUAGUUCUAUGUAAUUUUUUGUUUAUGAGACAGAAAUAUUUAGAACAUUGUAGUAUUUUUCAAGCUAGAUGUUGGUCUUAAGUGCCAUAUGCAAAACUUUUUUUUUUUAAGUAGAUUUGACACACAUACAGAAUGUUGCCAAAGGUUAUGAAUUUGAAUCAAAUAACGUUAUAUAUUCUGUAAUAGUAAUGAUGUUACUGUAGCAAAGGAUUUUUAAUACUGUAAAUUAUUUAAAAUACAGUAGUUGCACCUAUAUAAGAGAGAGUAUCAGUGUGUCAACCAAUCAACCUUUACCUGUCCAAAUUUAACCAUAAUUUAUUUCAUAUACAGCUGUUUUGACUAUUUUUAUAUUUUCAGGUAUCGAAAUAUAGCUAAUGUUUUGUGUGAAUUAAGUACAAAAACUAGUCAGUUUUCUGGAACAAAUUAGGGCAUGAAAGUUGGUCUGCUUAUCACUGAAAAUAUGAUGAGUUAUAACAUUAGAUAAACUUUAUUUGAAGGAGAGUAAUAAACAACUCAGCACAUAAACAUUUUAUUACAUUUUCAUAAAUUCUCAUUUGUGUUGAAAGUUUUCUGCUAAUAGCAUGCAAGGACUUUUAUUUUUAGAUGUACAGCAUUACUAGGUAAUGAGAAUAAGCUAUAGAAAAUAAGAUUCUGUGUUUUGAAAAGAAUAAACAACUUGCUGUUUUCAAAACGUUUUUAUACUAGACUAAAAAGAAUUAGAAUCAAAGCCCUAAACAGCUUGGGAGGCCAUCAUGAUAGAUGUCUGUAGCAUUACCUGUUGGAAGAAAAUUAUAAAUUGUUAAUUAAAAGAUUAGCUUAUUUCCAAAUCGCACAUGAAAAUAUGGUGUUCAUAAGAAUUAAUGCAUUACUGGCCAUUUAUUACACAAUUGUAACAUUGAAGUAUGCUUUUAAUGAUUAACAUUUUGUAGAUGUUUCAAGAGGAACUUAUUUUAUAAGUUGAAAACAAGAUGACAGAGAUAGGUGUAAUCAAAAAAGUAUGAGUAUUUUACUGUUCUAAGACGCCUUUAUCACUUGUACAUGAUGAAAUACAUGUUAUAAACCAUAUCUAUAAUGAUGGUAUUCUGUAACCCAUGUUUUCAUGAUGUUCUAAUAUGUAAUCAAAAGGACUUUUGUUGGAAAUGUAUUUGAAUAUCAAUAUGGUAACUGUUAUGAGGCAUUUCUGUUUUGACAAAAUUUAUGGUGGUUUUAAACAGGGAAAGAAAAUAUAAAUGCACUCUUGUGAAAGGAGGAUUUUAUGAUUUGAAUAUAUAUUAAAUGUGCUAAUUUGUCUUAUUUCUUUUGGAACAGAUGUUGUCAUGUUCCAGGGAGGUUAUAAAAAUAUGAAUGAAAAAUAGCUGGUAAAAUUAGGCAUUAAUUAUGAACUUUGUCUUUAAGUUUAAUUCUAAGAAAUUCUCACUUGAUUGAUCUAAUUCUUGGCAUUUAUUUUCUGUUAUAUGUUUUAUUUCAUAUAGGGUAUAUAUCAUUGUAGAUUAAUUGACGUUUGAAAAGUAAUCCCAGGCUAUACCUAAUGCUGCUCUCAUAUUUAGUGAUGCUGAAAUUCUGGUUUCACUUGGUUUCUAAUUUUGCUUGCAUAUAUUCAGAAUAGCUCAUUAUCAAUGAAAGUUGCAUGACUAAUCUCAUAUAGUCCUUACUGGUUAAGUAAAUAUUUAUCAUAAUAAAAGAUCACUGUCAAUGUAACACAUGAAUAAAUUAAACUUAUUCUAGGAAUAGUUAAUUGUUUCGUACCAUAAGUGAAAGAAAUGUACUUAGGCAUUAUCACUUGCAAGAAUUUAUAUAAUUCUUAAGCACAAAUUUUGUCUGUUUUUUCUCCCCAGAUCUAGUCAGAAUGAAGAAAAAUUUGCUCAUUGUCCGUCUUCUUUUAGUAAUUGUAUCACUGUAUAGUCUGCUAAUAUAUCAAUGAUGCAAACAUUGUUGUGAAAUUAAGUAAGAAUUUUUAAUGCUAUACUUAUGUCACAUAGACACAGUUUAGUCACUUGAGAUUAUAAUUAAGCAUUGCAAUGAUGGUUCCUUUUGUCAUACAAAAUAUAUUAACCAACUUGUUGUUGGUUUUUCUAAAAAUUCUGUGCAAGUUGGGAUUUUAUUUAUUUUAUUUGUAUUUUAGGAAAUUUUUUGUGGCAGCUCCUUUCACGAUAUUUAGCCUUAUAUUUGUAAGUCUUCUUGAGUGUACUAGCUGUUCUUGUAUUUACACAAACUAUGUCAGCUAACAUUUGGAAUAAUGGAAAUCACCAAAUAAAGUUUUGUAUUGAGA